AGUCUCCAGGGAUCGGUUCUUUUCCUUGGGAUACGUUCGACAUACGGGGAGGAUGUCGAAGUCGGGAAGCAUCAAGGAUGGCGAGAAGGGGCCAUACGACCCGGUCCCGAUCGCCGACAAAUCCACCGACGAGAUAAAACUCGAGGCGAAGAUGUCCCUUAUGAACGGUAUUACCGUGAUCGUCGGUUCCAUUAUUGGUUCUGGCAUAUUCAUUAGCCCGACCGGUGUCCUCAAGUACACCGGUAGCGUGAACGCGAGCCUUCUGGUGUGGACAGCUUCCGGUAUUUUCUCCGCGGUAGGCGCGUACUGUUACGCUGAGCUCGGCUGCAUGAUCAGGAAGUCUGGCGCCGAUUAUGCUUACAUCAUGGAGACUUUCGGACCUUUCCUAGCGUUUGUCAGGCUCUGGGUGGAGUGCAUGAUAGUGCGACCUUGCAGUCAGGCCAUCGUGGCCUUGACUUUCAGCGUCUACGUGCUGAAGCCGGUGUUCCCGGACUGCACGCCACCAGACGACGCAACGAGGAUAUUGGCAGCUUGCUGUAUCUGCAUACUCGCGUUCAUCAAUUGCUGGGACGUGAAAUGGGCAACGAGAGUGCAGGACAUCUUCACGUACGCCAAGCUGCUCGCCCUCUUCAUCAUUAUAUUCACCGGGGCUUAUCAGCUGUUCACUGGACACACGCAGUAUUUCACGUUCGAAAACACGAACACAGAAGUGACGUCGAUAGCACUCAGCUUUUAUUCGGGACUGUUCGCGUACAACGGCUGGAACUACUUGAAUUUCAUCAUCGAGGAGCUGAAGGACCCCAUCAAGAAUUUGCCUAGAGCCAUUUCAAUCUCGUGUGUCCUCGUUACCAUUGUCUACGUUUUCACAAACAUGGCGUUUUACACAACGCUGAGCCCUGUUGAGGUUCUUGGAAGCCAGGCUGUUGCAGUGACCUACGCAAAUCGUUUAUUCGGCAUGUUCGCAUGGGUGAUCCCAGUGUUCGUGGCCCUUUCUACGUUCGGCGCCGUAAAUGGAAUUCUCCUUACAUCAUCAAGAUUGUUCUACGCUGGCGCCUGCGAGGGUCAGAUGCCUGAAAUAUUGACAAUGAUCCAAAUUUCCAGGCUCACCCCAACUCCAGCUGUUCUUUGCAUGGUACAUCAGUAGAGGUGACAAUUGUGUGGAGGUUGAUUGGAAUCUUUGAUCAACUACGUUGGCUUUGCCACUUGGCUGAGCAUAGGUGUCUCAGUGGUCUGUCUGCCAUGGCUCAGAUGGACGCAACCAAACCGGCCCAGGCCCAUCAAAGUGAACCUCUUCUUCCCCUUCAUCUACACCCUCGCCACCCUCUUCGUUACAAUUGUGCCCAUGUAUGCCAGUCCUGUGGAAACAGGAUACGGUUGCCUGAUGAUCUUCACAUCCGUACCUGUGUAUUUUGUGUUUGUCGCAUGGAAAAACAAGCCGCUGUUCUUCCAAAAAGGAGUCGGCGCCGUUACCAAAACAUUGCAGAAGAUGAUGGUAGUCGUCGGACCAAAGACUAAGGUUCAAAGAAAAAAUAAGCGUCACGAAGUUCCUGCAGAAAAUAUUGCUGGUCGUCAGCAAGUCGAAACCCGCUCAGGUUUAACCGCAGUCAGAAUGGAUCCUCAGCCUCCACAGGGAUGAAAUCCGGUUCCAAGAGAACCAGAUACUCUUGAACACCGUACAACACGCUUAGAGAACGCAGUCUCGAAGUAGACUUACACUAUUGCAUAAAAUAGCAAUUUACUAAAUUAUUCAGAUCAGAAAAAACACCAUUAUUCUGUGAAUAUAUCAGACAAAAGGCGUCCUGACAAGAGGCAGCCAUAUCGAAUCAGCACGCCUAACCACCAGACAACCAGAAAUACACGUUCUCUUGUCCGGACACAUCAUCCUUGACAAACUGGCAUCAAGAUUUCCGCGGUAAUUUAUCAUCGACGCGAUUCUAGCGGAGGUGUAACGUCAUCAAUAAACAACGACCACGACGAAAUACUGUAUUUUAUAACACGUACAGGUACAAACGAGUAACUGUCGAAAGAAAAAAAAAGAAGGGAUGAUAUUCCCCUCCGCUGGGACACGCAGUUCUCUCUCACGACUUGACAGACAAUUUAUUGUUAUUGUAUCCGUUUCAUUGCACA